AUGCGUCUGGUAAAGGCUCUCGCGGCCGCCCUCGGGCUUGCGUACGGAGCAGUCUGCACAUCCAACAACCUGACUGAAGCCGUGACGUGGGACAAGUUCAGCUUGAGUGUCAAUGGCCAGAGAACUUAUAUUUACUCUGCCGAAUUCCACUACCAGCGAAUGCCCGUUCCGGAAUUGUGGCCUGAUAUUCUGCAAAAAUUCAAGGCAAACGGAUUUAAUGCUAUUAGUGUAUACUUCUUCUGGUCCUACCACAGCCCGAAUCCUGAUACCUAUGACUUUGAGACAGCCGGAAAGAAUGUUCAGAGGCUCUUCGACUAUGCCAAAGAAGCUGGGCUAUGGGUCAUCACGAGAGCCGGCCCCUAUUGCAAUGCCGAAACAAGCGGAGGCGGUCUUGCUCUUUGGGGUUCAGACGGCAGUCUCGGUAGCCUCAGAACCGCCGAUGAGACCUAUCACCAGGCAUGGCUUCCAUGGGUGACAAAGAUUGGGGAAAUCAUUGCUGCGAACCAGAUUACCGAAGGCGGUACUGUGAUUCUCAACCAGAUUGAGAACGAGUAUCAAGAAACGAACCAUUCUCCCAACGCUACCCAAGUGCUGCACAUGGAGCAGAUUGAAGAGGCGUUCCGGGAUGCCGGUGUCAUUGUGCCUUUUACACACAAUGAAAAGGGCAUGCGGUCUCAGUCUUGGUCCGUCGACUAUCAAGAUGUCGGUGGUGCCGUCGAUGUGUAUGGACUCGACAGCUAUCCGGGCGGUCUCUCUUGCACCAACGUCGAGACUGGCUUCAAUGUGGUCAGGACUUAUUACCAAUGGUUCCAGAACUACUCGUAUACUCAGCCAGAGUAUCUACCCGAGUUUGAAGGUGGCUGGUUUUCAGCUUGGGGAAGUGACACCUUUUAUGAUGAGUGUACUUCCGAGCACGAUCCGGCUUUCCCAGAUGUGUACUACAAGAACAACAUCGGACAACGCGUCACGCUGCACAAUAUUUACAUGACGUGGGGUGGAACCAAUUGGGGACACUCGGCUGCUCCUGUUGUCUAUACCAGCUACGACUACAGUGCGCCACUGCGCGAGACCCGUCAGCAGUGGGAUAAAUUGUUCCAGACCAAGCUCAUUGGACUCUUUACAAGGGUAUCACCAGAUCUACUAGAGACAGAGAUGGCUGGAAAUGGCACUGGAUACAAGCUUUCGUCCACUGCCGGUUUCAGCUGGGUCCUGCGGAAUCCCGAGUCAGGGGCAACCUUCACCGUAGUCCAGCAAGCCAGCACAAAAUCCAUGACAAACGUAUCCUUUGCCGUGGACCUCGAUACCAGCGCCGGGACCGUGACGGUCCCAACCGUGGAGCUCCACGGAAGGCAGAGCAAGAUUCUCGUCACCGACUACAACUUUGGCCGACACAGUCUCCUCUAUGCGUCCGCCGACGUUGCCGUGCACGGUGUGUUUGACGACGCUGAUGUGCUGGUCAUGUACCUAAAGGAAGGGCAGACGGGCGAGUUUGCGCUCAAGGGCAACCAUAGUCUGACGUACAAGGUCUAUGGCGACAGCGGGUUUACAGCCCAGACCAAUACCACCAGGAACGCCUUUACCUAUACGCAAGCUGCUGGCACGACAGCGGUCAAGUUCUCAAAUGGUGUUUUGGUGUAUCUUCUAGAACAGUCGACUGCAUGGAGAUUUUGGGCACCACCAACAACAUUGAGCCCAGCGGUCCGUCCGGAUCAACAGAUAUUCGUCAUUGGGCCAUAUCUGGUAAGAGAUGCAUCAUUGAGGGGCAGACAGCUUGUUGUGCACGGUGACAAUGACAACUCGACCACCAUUGAGGUCUACACCGGGAAGCCUAUUGAAUCAAUUCAAUGGAAUGGACAGCAUCUGAGAGCCAAUCGCACAACCUAUGGCUCCUACAUCGCCGAAAUCACUGGCGCAGAAUCAAGGACAAUUGAGCUUCCGUCUUUGACAAACUGGGCAUCGGCAGACUCGCUGCCAGAGGUUGCCUCUGACUAUGACGAUUCCAAGUGGACCGUAUGCGACAAGAACUCGACUCUGAGCCCAGUAGCACCAGAGUCGUUGCCUGUUCUGUUUGCUUCCGACUAUGGCUACUAUGCUGGGGCCAAGGUAUACAGAGGCUACUUUGACGGCGCAAACUCUAGCACGGUAUACAUUUCUACAUCGGGCGGUCUCGGGUUUGGCUGGAAUGCUUGGCUGAACGGUCAGCUCAUUGGCGGCCACGAAGGCAACGGCACCCUCACAAACAUCGCAGCCAACCUUUCGCUGCCAUUGUCGGCGCUCAAGGCCACGGACAAUGUCCUCACAGUCGUGGUGGAUUACCAUGGACACGAUGAGACUUCAACUGCAAAGGGGGUCGAGAAUCCUCGUGGUAUUCUAGGUGCCUACCUGCUGCCCAGUGGCACUUCGACAAACACCGGAUUCAAGCUGUGGAAAAUUGCAGGAAAUGCGGGAGGACCAGACAAUAUCGACCCGGUUCGUGGUCCCAUGAACGAGGGCGGCCUGUAUGGUGAGCGUCUAGGUUGGUUCCUACCAGGCUUCGACACAGUGUCAUCGUCGCAAGACUUUAGCGACUCCAGUCCAUACGAGGGUCUGAGCCAGUCCGGAAUCGCCUUCUACACGACCGACUUUGACCUGUAUAUUGACGAGGAUCUGGAUGUGCCACUUGGUUUCGAGUUCACGGCGCCGGAAGGUACCGUCGCUCGAGUGAUGCUCUGGGUCAAUGGAUAUCAGUACGGCAAAUAUGUCCCUCAUCUUGGGCCGCAGACACGAUUCCCUGUCCCGCCGGGUGUUAUCAACAAUCGGGGAACCAACAGGCUCGCCAUAAGCCUCUGGGCGCAGACAGAUGCCGGCGCAAAGCUGGAUGGGAUCACGCUGUUUAGCUACGGCCAGUAUCAGACCAGCUUUGAUUUCAACCAAAACUGGGAAUAUCUGCAACCGGGGUGGAGCGAUCGUGAGGACUAUGCUUGA